AUGAGAGAAGUUAAACUAACAAUCAAUGUCGAAGGAAUACUAAAGGAGUGCCAGUCUGUUGUUAAAAAUGAUACAUCUAUCAAAGCAGAUGACAGAGUAAGCCAUAUGAACAUGCUGAAGCGCAUAAUUAAGGAUAAUCUAAGGAUAGAAAGCGAGGAGCUUAGUGAAGAGAAAAAAGAAGCUAUUCUAAAAAUAAUCGAGAAUAAUGCCUGCCAAUAUUUUAUAUACAUUUUAGACAAAGGAAUUGGUAUUCCUAUAAUAAAUUCUAGACUACUGUGUGGAGUGUGUGGACUUAAAGAAAGAGUUAAACUUGUAUUUAUCUCUUCAGUUAUUGAGCUUAUAAAUCCAAAUAAAUUUAUAUACAAUCCUGAGCAUGGAAUAAAUAGAGAGUUUGAUAUGCAUGAAAAACUAGAUAGUGUAGAUCUAUCUUAUGGAGAGCUCGAUCUAAGCACUAGAACAUAUACUUUGAUGGUUGAUGAUACAAACUUGGAAAAUAUUCUUCAACUUACCUCAAAGGAUAUGGAUAGAGAGAAUGCUUUUUUUGUCUCGAAUUAUAUGCGUUUAAUGUAUAUAGAUCUUUUUAAAAAGUAUACAUCUGUAAAGGGAUGCUACAGUUUAGACAAUCUAUACACAAAAGAAAAAGACAAAGUUCCAUUGAUAGACUACGGACUGAAACUUAUUUACGAAAAGUAUUAUUUAAUCGAGGGUCUAGUUAGGAACAUCAAAGAAAUAGAAAGUUCUGACAACAAUGACGUACAUGAUAUACCUGAAAAACUCAGCAAUUUGCUUAAAAAUGAAGAGUUGGAAGUAAUUUUCUCUAUUCUUAAUAUUAAGAUUAGUAACUGGAGACUAAUUUGGAGAGAAAAAAUGAUAUACAUUAAUAUGAUUAAGGCAAUAGAGUGCAUGGCAACUAGCACUGAUCUACUAGGUGGAAAAGAUGAACAAAAGGUGCUGAAGAUAAAAGCAGACUUGAGCAACUUUAGUGAAGACUAUAUAAGUGGUUAUGAUGGCUUAUUAGACAUAAUGUUUGAUAAAGAAGAAAAACUACGUGGCGAAAAGAGAAUACUAUAUAAAUCUAUUGAAAUUGAAAAAGAAAAGUGGGAUAAAAAAGAAAAGAGUCUGACAGAGUGGAAAAACACAACUGAGCUUGAUCCAAACUCGCAGGAGUACCAGGAGAUGGUGAGAAAAGAGGAAGAAGAGAUGAAAAGUAUACUGCACGAAAUUAAUUUCCUAAAUAAUAAGAUAUAUUUAUCAAACUUUGAUACUGAAAAAGUAAAAUUAAUUUUAGAGUAUAUUAAUAGGCUUCGAGUUGAGAGAAACCAAUUACUUGAUUUAAGUCCAGUUCAGAAACAGUACUUUCUCAAGAAAAUAAAAGAACUUGCAAAACUACUAAACAUACAAGUAGUAGUAACAGACGAGCCAGAAGCAGUCGAAAAAAUGAAGGUGAAUGAGCCAGUUGAGCAGCACCAAACACUAGACAUGUCUGGUGAAACAGGAUCUAAUCCAGCAGAUGCAUCAGCUCGGACAAGCACUCUUGGAAAAGUACUAGCGGGUGGCCUUCUUGUACUGGGAUCAACAGUAUAUACUAGCCAUCGUUACUCAAAGAGCAAGCCAAAGUCUGCAGCCAACAGUGACAGCGAUAGUUUAUAUCACGUCAUGGACAGCAGACAAUUACAAAACAUGAACAAUCACGAUAUAUCUUGA